CCCUUUAACGCUAUAGUCGACGUCUCUCUCGUGUUCAUUAUCAUACGAUGCGAUUGUUGAUAGAGUAACUUGCGCGAGCGCGUUCGCAACAAAGCAAUCGACGUUGUCGUCAUAACCUCCGUACGCGGGGACAAAAGAAAGGCCGUCUAGCAACAGAAGCUACAAUACACCGCCAUCAGCUGUUUCCUAUACGCUGCUGCUGCGUAGGAGUAAGUGCCGUAAUCGUAAGAGGGGCCUUCUCGCUCUUGGUCUGUUCCUCUGCGUUCUGUUGUAUGUGCAUCAUCGUCGACGUGAAUCUCGUCGCUGCUGCUACUGCGCUGCCAAGCCAAUGGAGAAGAACUCAUAGGAAGAAAGAAAGAAAAGGCACACAAAUGCGCCAGACAGAGAGGGCGGUAAGCUGCAAAAGGAGAGAGGAGGUGCUCAACUCGCGGGUGGGAGAAAGAGAGAGAGAGAAGCAAACAGCGCAGCAGGCGCAGCAGCAGCGCGUGCCCAUUCACUCAGCAUAAUAGUCGUCUCUCGGGAGUAGCCUCCAAAACAUCGCCGUCGCGAGUACGAGAAUCAUAUCGCGCAAUGCUCCGUGGCCCUCUCGUCGCCUUGUCUUUCUCUACGUUACCGCGACCAUCCAGUCUGACGCUUCUCUGACAGCGAGCUCAGCAUCGACGUGGUUGUUGUUGGUUUCAGGAAAAUAGCGCACAGACAAACGGACAUACACGAGAAGAGGAGGAAGAAGGAACACCGCUGCACCGCAUACUACAUAAGUCGUUGCUCGCGCUGCUGGCUCGUGGUGCAGGCUUGACGACGCGAGAGCAGCAGCAACGGACGUCAUCGUCGUCGUCGUGGUCGGCCUGUGUAAAAGUGCUGUGUGACGUAUAUUAUAGUGUUGUUGUAAAAGACUCUUAGUGACGCAAUGUCGUCUCCUAGUGCUGGCAAGAGACGCAUGGACACUGAUGUUAUCAAGCUCAUUGAAAGCAAACACGAGGUGACGAUACUUGGCGGACUCAACGAGUUCUCCGUCAAAUUCUACGGACCACGAGGAACGCCGUACGAAGGUGGAAUAUGGAAAGUGCGCGUGCAUCUGCCAGAGCAUUAUCCGUUCAAGUCGCCGUCGAUUGGAUUCAUGAACAAGGUCUAUCAUCCGAACAUCGACGAGGUGUCGGGCACCGUUUGCCUCGAUGUCAUCAAUCAAGCUUGGACGGCUUUGUACGAUCUCUCGAAUAUCUUCGAAUCUUUCCUGCCUCAACUGCUGACAUAUCCAAAUCCCAUCGAUCCGCUGAACGGCGACGCGGCAGCGAUGUACCUUCAUAAACCCGAGGAGUAUAAGAAAAAAGUCGCUGACUACGUGAGGAAGUACGCGACAGAAGAGGCACUGCGAGACCAGGAGAACGGAGCAACGGGCAAUGGCAUGUCGUCGGACAGCGAGUCGUCGAUGAGCGAUUUUAGCGAGGACGAAGCUCAGGAUAUGGAGUUGUAACCAAAUAGCUUCUUCUUCUUUUUCUUGGCUCACCAGCAGGACAUCAGCCAUAUAAAAGUAGCAGCAGCAGCAGCAGCAGCAACAACGAGGCACUAUUUGUCGGUGAUCGCCGUUGUUUAAAAGUCCUGCUCGUUUGCUAAACUUAUUAUAUCGAUGGACAAACACAACAACACACAAAAAAAACACAGACAAAACGGCUUCGACUCUUUUUCUCUCUUGUGAUUCUGUGUUUACAAAAGAAAGCGACGAUAGAGUCACGACGAUACGUACAUAGCCUCCUUCUCCCUUUCCGUAUGCGCAUCGCAGCAAUUUACUUUUUCUUCUUACACGCAAAAAACAAUCUUAUUGAACAAAGUCAUUUUUUGCUUUGGAAAAAUUUCUUCUUUUGUUUAUGGCGAACUCUCCCGCAUGGCCUUAUAACCAAAAAAACGAAUAAAUUCACCCCUUUUUUUCAUUUUUUUUUGUCUUUUUUUUAUUAUUGAUAAAAAAAGGAAACGCGUGCUCUGUCGUUCUACGAUAUCACGCGGUAUCAAAUUUUUCUUUUUUUUUUUUAUUACGAUAAGUGUCUACGGAGGAUUUCAAUUUUUAUAUAACGUUGCUUAGUCUUUCAUAUUAUCUUUAAAUGUAAUUGUUAAACAAAACAAAAAAACAAAUGGAACAUCGUUUUUAAACGUGUGUAGCGCGAGCAAGUGUCUAUAUGAUGAAAAACAUUGAUGAGAAAACAAAAAAUUAAUUUUAAGGCUGUACACAAUAAGAUUUCAACAUUUUACGCGAUUUCAAUGACCAAAUUUUCACGGAAAUCUCUUUUUACUUCAUGCCAAUAGUAAAAAAAAUAAAAAAGAACACUCUAAAAUAGGUAUGAUCAAUUGUCGACAGAAUCAGAGCGAAACAGGGACGAGCAACACACAGUGACGCAAUGAGCCGCUAAAAGUGAGAAUUGCCGGAUGUAAAACGUCUAAAUCUGAUUGUAUAUGUAAUCUACUGGAUAAAAAAACAUGGUUUUUUUCUCUUUUUAGACAAUAAGUUUUGCCGUUUAAUUUUUACAAUAGUAAGUCUUGAUCGAUGAUCUACGAAAAUGUUGACAUUGGCACAAGCGUAAUAACAAUCAUCGACGGGCUUUUUCUUUAUUUGUGGCUUCGCACGCGAUUUAUAACUCUCCAUUAUUAAGCACAAAUAUCUUUAAGCGGCUCGUUCACGUGCAACCAAGUCGACUUUUUAAUUUUACUCUUACAGAGCUAAAAUGAAAAGUAUAUUUUUAUGAAUUCGUCUAUGAUUUUAUCUGUUUAUACAAAAAAUCAUGAAAUGUUAUUUUGAAUGAGAAUCAAUGUUUCUACGAUUAUUAGUUGGAAAUAAAAUUGUCAAUUUAGUUUCGAGAUUUGUAAGCCAAUUAUGAAAGUGUUUUUUAAGUUGAUUUAUUACCGCCAGAAAUUGAACAUGAGGAUAUAUCAAGAUAGGAUGUAAUACAAAUAAGCAAGAUAAACAUGAAAAAUAGCAACGCAAGUGCUUUAAAAAAGACGUCGAGCGAUUCUCUGGAUUGAGCUAAAUCGAGGUGAAAAUUCGUGUUCUCAGAUCUCACACAUUACAAUUAAUGAAAAAUAUAAAUACACUUAGCGCUAUUUUAAUUAGUUGUUAUACAAUAAUGGUCGUAAUCGUAUGACUCGUAUCAGUAAGUGCGGCGAUUUAUUAAUACUGAAAUUGGAUUGUCUAACAAAGUAGAAUUAUAUAGUUUUAAUAAUAAUAUUCUUGUUUUUUAAAGUUGUUUUUUUAUUAUUAUUAUUAUUUUCCCCAUCGAUCGAUUUGUCGAGAUAAUCCGUUGAAAACAAAAAAACAUUGACUCUUUCUUCUCUCUUCGGUAUGACCGACAUCACCAGCCAUCGAUUCUCAAAUGCAAUAAUAAUUCUGUAUAAAGAAGAAAGCAACAGUCGGAACAAGAGUCUUGUUACGAUCUGUCAAAUUGGCUCCUGCAGAGAGUGCGACAAUUGUAAUUUCGUGCAUAAUAAGAAGGGAAAAUGCUCCAAUUAUACAAGUUUAAAACUUGCGUAACUGUUCGAAUAAUCCAAAGCGAUAUUUUUUUAAAAAUAAAUGACGUUAUCAAUUCUUAAAGAAUCUGUGUAACGAAUUGUCAUUAAAACAUGUACACAUGAAUCUGCGUAAUUAGACGCAGACACACAAAACGGAUACAAUGAAAAGGUCAAAUAUAUGCAUGUAAUUUUUUAUUUUCGAUGCGUUAAUUUUAAUUUCAUUUCGUCCCAUCUGUUAUUUAAAAUAAAAAUUAUUGACAAUACGAAUGAACAUUUAGAAUACUUUGGUCUUCAACGUUUCUACGUGUAAAUCAAAAAAUAUAAUUUACCUGUCUUGUAUAUUCGACUUUUUCAAAUAGUAAAACACAAUACAUUUUUUAAAUAUACCGGCCGUUUAAAAACUUUAGCGCGUAAACGUAACUAUACAUAGUUAUACAAAAAGUGCAUAACGAAAAUUGCAAAAAAAGAACGCAUGUAAACUUUAAAUUUGUAAAAAUGAAUCAUGUUUGUCGCGAUUUGAUCGAUGUGUAGUUGAAUAUGUUAUUAUUCUAAAAGUGACUGUGAUGAGUGUUUGCGAUUUCAACUAACAGGACUGCUUUUUUUUCUGUUUGACUUUUACAUUUACAUAUUCGAAACCGAGACUAAAAUUUCAUUCGUCUCUAAUUAUCUUUUUUUUAUCUUAAUAGCUAUGUUUACUUUAGUGAAUGAAUACUUUUAUUUUCUAAAAUUUGCGAAAUACGUGCUAGUAGAUUUUGAUUCUUUUACAAUGCGGUUAUUUUGUAUUCGAGAAGCCAAAUUACGUUAAUAAAAAAUGUUCUUAAAGGAUCGAUUAGAUUCGCGCACGAUUCUCGCUACUAUUUCAAAAUAAUGUAAGGAAAAAAGUGACUCAUCAUUAAUAAAAAAAAUCUACGUUGUUACAAUGUUAAUUAAUUAAAGUAAUGUCAAGUUGAAUAUUGUGCAGUUAAAAAAUACAACAGUUUCGAUAUCAGUCCUGGAAUGUAAUCGAAAAAUCGCUGAGCUAUUUAUGUAUAAAAAAAUGAUAAAAAUUUGCACGUCGAUUAUAAAUGUUUCUGUAAGGCGCCUCGGUGAACGACAACCAUGGUACUUGUAUGUGAUUACUGCAUACAUUAUUACAAAUAUUUACAUACAAAGUAAAUUUAACUGAUAUUAGAAGUGAUAAGUAUAUUAUUAAUACAUGAUACUAUAAAAAAAAUAUAUAUAUAUAUAUAUUAUAUUGGAUCGAUGAUAUUGAAUGAGAUGCAAUUUUUGGUACAAUAAACUGA